AUGAAACGUAAGGAAAUGGUAUUUUUAAACUGCAAUGAAAGGAGAGAUAAAAAUAUUGUAUCGUUUUCCCAUGCACUUCGCACUUGAUGUUGUGUCGAUUUUGUCAUCUUUCAGCUCCUCUUCUCAGCCUUUGGGGCAAAGUGGCUGAAUUCACCGUCGGCUGCAGCCACUGGAGACUGGAGGACGGCGUUUUCAUCUCCACCUUGAACCAGCUCACUGCUUGCCUGGACCUCAAGUUUAAGGCACCUCCUAGGUCUGAGUGGACAGCCUUCAUGUACCGCCAUCCUGAUGCUCGGUGUGCAGGUCUUGGUCUGGGUGGUCAUGGAGAUCGUUUGGUGGUCUGGUUGUUUGGCACUGAGUGGACCACCCUCCCUUUAGGCCUUGGACUAAAGGAGUGGCACUCACUAUGCAUGACAUGGUGUCAUACUAAAGACAGACCCUUGCUUUACAUCAAUGGAACCCUGACGGACCUCAUGGCAGACACUUCACCUUCCAGCUGCAAGUUGGCCCCCAAUGGCACUCUCACCCUGGGUGCGGCCCACACCCGAGUGGACGGCACCGUCCGGAUCCUUCCGUCCACCGUCCUGACCGGCACUGUGUCUCUUUUUCGACUGUGGGGGCGAGAGCGAAGCGGGCAGGAAGUGAGAUCCCUUAAGUGUACAGAGGGAGACUUGGUGCAGUGGGUUAGCCACCUGUGGGACACAAGGGUGUGUGCCCCCAUUCCUGACCCUACGCUCAAGUGUGAGUGGUCCAUUUACACAGUCAGCCUGAAGUUCUUCAUCAUUCGACAAGACGGCAACAACACAGAGCUUUACAUUGCCAGAGACAUUGCACAUCGCUGGCUGAGAGAUGUGCUUCCUUCAGGCAUUUAUUUACACAGAGUGUCUGUCUUUGAAGCAACAAGUGCAAAAGAUGCAAACACAGCGACAACCUUGAGUGGAGAUGAAAUGGUACGUUGGACCUCCCUCAAUAUCAACAGGUUUGACUGCCUGGUGUUCGUGAGCGUCAUCCCCUGUGUGGACGUGGCAGCAGUGCAGGACAAGAUGCACGCGGACCUGGGGACGCCCUAUCACGGACCCUCUGGUCUGAUCCAGGUUCAGGCUGACGCAGCCAGCAUACGGACCACGCCUGUUGACGGUUUCCCUCCCCCUGUGACCACAAAGUCUCCCCCUGUCACCACCGUUACCAUGGCGACGCCAACGCUGACCUCCCCAUUCACAGAAAUAUUCCCAAAUAUCUCAGGUCAGCUGUACUUUGAAGUGGAGGUCAACGUGUCCAUAAGGGGAGAGUAUGAAGCAGAGCAUAUUCUCGCCACUUGGCUCAACGACACUCUACCUGAUCACAUGAUGACGGUGAUAGACCUUCAGCUCCCCAAACAUCACAGACAUGAACGCAGUUUUGGGGGGAACUUUUUAGUUUCUCAUGAGGUGUCUUUGAACAUUGGGUCCAGAGAGAACGUCAUCUUCCAUGUUGAGGUGAAGCUGUCACUCACACAGGAAGUGGAAGAGCAGAUGCGACACCUGCUGCUGGCGCCUUACAGCCAUGGCGACGUCGCCAUAGCGACCCAAGACAUACAAAUAAGCCGCAUCCUGGUUGUGAGCUGUCAAUCAGAGACCCAACAGACGGGAAAAGGUCUCUUUGAGUGGCCUGAAACCACGGGUGGGAAAAAUGCUUCUCAGCCUUGUCCAAAAAACACUCAACGCCACGCUACCAGACACUGUAAACUGAGCCUCAACACCCGGUGGAUGGCCCCAGAACUGCAAGAGUGCCCCUUAGUGGUGGAAAGCAUCUGUGACCUUGACGACGUGGAAGUCACUCCAGGGAAUGCCCUGGAUGUGGUGGAGAUGAUGCAAAGUUUACUGAGCAACCGCUCCAAGCUCAGCUACCAGGAGCUGGAGGUGGUGCUCAGCAAGCUGAAGGAGGUGAUGGUUGUCAGCGUGGUGACCUCCAUCCUGGGCGAGGCGGUCAUCGACACCAUCUCGGACAUCCUGGAGUCUCGCAGCUUCCUCUUACCCUUCACUAACACGAUUCUGAACAUCACAGAGGCUGUAGGAGACCAAUUGGUGGGACAGGAGGACAUGUCCAGUCUGGUCGCUCCAGGCGUGGUGGUCUCAAUGGUGGACGUGAUUUCGGCAGAGUUUGCUGGAUUGACUUUUGGAGUGUCUUCUGAUGGUCCAGGCUCUGAGCCUGAGGUUUUCCUUAACAGGCUCCCUCUUAAAGACACAGUGGCUUUCAUCUCCCUGCCCUCCAUCUUGCAACACAGCUUCCCAUCCGACCAGAGCCCACCGAGGGUCCAGUUUCAGUUCUACGGUGUUCCGCAUCUCUUCCGGGACAACCACAUGAAGCAGAUCCUCAACAGCUUUGUGGUGUCAGCCAGUGUGAGCAACACCAGCUGUGAAAUAAAAGACCUCCAAGACAACAUCACAGUCCUGCUGCAACACCUCCAACCCAGUUAUCCACACAUGGACACAACGUGCGUGUAUUGGAACUUCAAUAAAAACAAUGGACAAGGAGGCUGGGACACUCAUGGUUGCACAAAACACGACAGCAGCCGUGACUUCACAACAUGCCUGUGUGAUCAUCUCACACACUUUGGAAUUCUUCUGGAUGUCUCCAGGGGUACAGUGGACCAGGCUAAUGAGCAAGUGUUGACGAUCAUCACCUACUUCGGCUGUGGAGUUUCAACGCUCUUUUUAGGAAUCACGGUCCUCACGUACACAGCUUUUGCGAAGCUCCGUCGAGACUACCCUUCCAAGAUCCUCAUCAACCUCUCGCUGGCGCUGCUGGGUCUGAACCUGGCGUUCCUGCUCAACUCUUGGCUGUCCACCUGGGGUUUGGAAGGCCUCUGCGUGGCCGCCGCAGCAGCGCUCCAUUACUUCCUGCUGGCGUCCUUCACCUGGAUGGGACUGGAGGGCGUCAACAUGUACUUCGCCCUCGUCAAGGUCUUCAACGCCUACGUGCCCGCCUACAUACUCAAGUUCUGUGCUCUGGGGUGGGGCCUCCCCUUGGUCAUUUGUGUGCUAGUGUUCGUUGUCAACAGAGAAGCAUAUGGCAGCCAACUCUACCCGGAUGCUUCUACCAGCCUGGAGCCACUUGACAACUUCUGUUGGCUUCAGGAUGACGUCACUUUCUACGUGUCUGUCGUUGCCUACGCCUUACUGGUGUUCCUGUUUAAUAUUGCUGUUUUUGUGGUGGUCCUGAUCCAGAUCCGGCACAUGCAGGCCAACAGUCCAGCUGGAACCCGUGGAGGACUGAUGCACAACCUAAAGGGUGUUGCUACUCUGACUUUGUUACUCGGACUCACGUGGACUGUGGGUUUUUUUACUUUUGGGCCAGCCCGAUUGGUUCUUCUGUACAUGUUCUCCGUGCUUAACAGCCUGCAAGGAAUUUUCAUCUUCCUCUUCCACUGUCUGAUGAAGGAAACUGUCAGAAAACAGUGGAGGAUCCAUCUGUGCUUAGGGAAAUUUCGACUUGAGGAGCACUCUGAGUUGAGCCCCUCUGCAUCCGUUGCUAAAUCCAGACAAAGGGUUCCGUCGGUCCACUCAGUCAAAUCCAGCGCCACUGACAGCACCUCGGCGUACUCCGAGUCCAGCCAGAGGGGCUGGUCCUGCAAGAUACUUGACCUGGGUCUUUUUAUGAAUCCCUUGACUUUCCCACGUGCCCAGAUGAGCUAUCCAGGUGCGGGCGCCGUGCCUAACCCUACCACCAGGGCUAUGGAACCCCCCCACUCAGCUGUAGAACCCAGUCGACACUGAAAAGCUUAUGUAAUUCUCCCUAAUUGUAUCAUGCAGCGCUCUUGUUCAUUGUUUCGGCUAAAUGCCACAUUAUGAAAACAUUGCAUCAAGGAGCCUGGAGCAGGAGGAGCCUGUUGCCAAGCAACUGGUGAAAAGACAUUGUGACCAAGAAGCACAUAAAAACGCAUGUGACAUGAUACAA